UACGAAUUGAGGACGCAGAGACGUGCGAUAUCUGCCCCCUCCACCGGUUGACCGGACUUCGCGACGGUGACACUUACGCUGCACAAUUUCCGAAGCAGGAGUACGACGACUGUUACUGCUUCUACGGACUUGCUCGCUCACAGCUUUCAGACGACGAUGCUUCAGCCUCUGCACCGGAAGAGGACCCCGUAGCAAACGGCCCGACAACGAUCGAUCGGCCUAACCAGGUGAAUCCACUGCCGAAAAGGGCUGACCCGACACAUGAUGAUGAUGCGUCGUGGGAUGCGUCGUGGGAAGAGCUGGUGAAUCCUACGGUAAAGACGGGGUCGUUCCGGAAAAUGCGGAUCUGGAGACGGGUAGCGGAACUAACAGACCAGUGGGUUCAGCUGGUCUUCACAGCGGGGGAGGGGUAUUCUUCGUGCUCCAUCCCGGCGGGGGCUAGGCUGGUCCGCACUCUGUUUACUGGGUUGACUUUCGCGGGGCGGAGAUGGCGGGAGAGACUUUACGCAGAAGUGGAUACGGUUGCGCAGUUCCAGCUGGAGCGCUCGUCACACCAGGUCGUUGGGAUUUUCGAUCAGCGAACGUGCAAAGAAGUUUUCGUGGGCGGUCAAGCCGGUGAGUCUUUCCGCAUUCAUGAGACCUGGUUGCAAGGGGAGGAGAAGCCGACCCACUUUAUCGUGCACCAUCCAACGUAUGACUUCUAUGCGCCAAUCGUGCACACACUCCAGUUCGAGAAGGAGAACCUUGAAGAGGAGAAACUUGAAGGGGGGAUACUUGAGAAGGAAUUCCCUGAGGAGGAGUCCCCUGAGGAGGGGGACCGCAGACAAGAAAAGAACCGCAGACAAGAGAGAGACCGCAGACAAGAGAAAGGACAGAGUGUGAGCUCGAAUUUGCAGGUCAGCUUGUAUCCGGACUAUCCUUUGAUGAGGGACUUCCCCAAUCCAGUUCUGGUCGUCUCGGUGCGUAAGUGCUUCUUCGUUACUAGAACGAUCGUGGACGCGGUUCCCCUGUUUCCGUACCUCGUCAAAGACGGACUACGCAUCCAGAUUGAAGCCUGUGGCGAUCUUGGGCUGACCGUACAGAUCGACUGA